AUGCAACGCAAGACGAUCUCUGUUGGCGGUCUUCGGGCCCUUGUCCUUGGCCUCGCCCUCGUGCUCAGCACGAACACCGUGUCGAGCGCGGCCUAUGUCGGCGAUGCGCUCGUCCAGCGUGUUGAAGCAUCUGUCGCAUGUCUGUCAAGCGUCCACGCCAAUCUCCCCGAUGCCAUGAUCGCCUUCGAAACCGACCGCUCGCGGCCAUUGUCACUGCUGCUCUUGUCGGAAAAUGCCCAUGAGGAGCUCUCCUUAUCGCGCGACAUUGUGGCGCGUACAUACUUUGGCGACUCCAGCUCAUCGGCGCCUAUUGCGACCGUGGACCUCGCGGGCUUGUCGCACCACUCGACGAGCGAGAUCCAGCGAGAGAUCCACAGCAAGCUCGUUAGCGUUGUCCGUGCUAGCCCCAAGCGCUCAAUGCUGGUCGUCGAGAAUCUGCAGGCAUUGCCGUCGACCAAGCUCACGGCGCUCGACAUCUUUUUGGAUGCGCUCCAAGGCAAGCGCGCGCCGUUCCAAGCCGCGAGAGGGGACACGAUCGACACGACGGGCACGGUCUUCCUCUUCCUCUUCACGACGUCAGCACCGAUCAAAGGAUCGCCGUGGCGCGUGUACAUGGAAGCUGCGUGGGCCUUUGACGGUGUCGAGUUUACCACAUCGGCGCUCAUUGGGCGCAUUUCCGAGGGUCUGGAGGUCACGUCAGCUCUGCAGGCCAAAGAGAGCUGCGCAACCCUACUUCACACAUCGGUUGCCUCGCCAACGUAUACUGUACCUAUGCAGUGGGCGGUGGCGAUGCUUGCACUCGGCGGUGUGUGCUUUGCCGCCGCCUCGUAUCGCGCCAAGGGCGCAAGCCAUGAAGUCGCUGAGCCUUUGGUCAACACUCUUCCACAACCCAAGCGUACCGAUGAGGCUGCUAGCUCUACGGAGAGUGGCGUGGUCGAGAACACUCCAGUAGCUGUCGAUAGCUGUCCGCCUGUAGUACUGGCCGAGCCAGUGUCUGAGCUCUUGACGGGUGACGAGACGGCGGCCAGCACUCCGCCACCGACGACAGUAAAGAGCCCGUCGACCAAAAAGGCGGGAAAGAAGAAAGCAAAAGCGUCGCCCAAACCCACGCGCCAAUCGGAGCGGCUCAAGGACAAGGCCAAGAAGGAGUAA